GUUUAAGGAGACCAACACAAUACAGAAGCAGUGCGCCAAGCCCAAGCGGUUGAAGCUUCGUAUACUGACUACGACUAUGGGGACGAUUCAUAUAGUCAAGAUGUCUCUCGAGCUGCAAGUCCAGAACCAAGCAUGACAGAAUACCAACCUCCACCGCAACCCCAACCGUCGUAUAGCCAAGCUGGUUACACAACAGAUACGACGGCAACAACACAGCCCACCUAUCACCAAGACCAGUACUACCAACAACCUCCGACACCAUGGCAAGGACACGACUUGCCCUAUGGCACGACUUCAGGUUUCCAGCACCUAUCGAUAGAUUCGACUUCGGGCCCAGCUCCGCCAGAUCCUUGGCAAUACGAUUCGUAUGCGUAUGGAGCUGAAGAUCCGUUCGUCUUUACUGGGUGGAAUCAAAACCAACCGGGCCCCGGGACCCCACACGGGGAUUCUUGAUUCGCAAGAGUGAAGUUUUACUUUACUUCAGGGGAAGAAGGGGGGGGGGGCUUGCCAGCUGGACUUACCACAUCGCAGAAGUUCGCGAU